AUGGAUGAAAAAAAUAUGACCGUGAUUACUGUAAUUCGCCUUUUGGGGUUUCAGAUUCCUCAAUGUCUAACAUUUUUUGUCUUCUUUCUUUUUCUUGUUAUCUAUUGUGUUAUAAUAUGUGGAAACCUCCUUAUCAUCACACUGGUGUUCUACAGCAAAGCCCUCCACUCCCCCAUGUACUUCUUCCUCUCUCAGUUGUCUAUAUCAGAUAUCUUAUUGGCCACUGAUGUUGUUCCUAACAUGCUCCAUGCUGUUUUACGUAAUACUACUACUGUAUCUGUUUCUGGCUGUCUCACCCAGUUUUAUUUCUUUGCUGCCACAGAAACGUUGGAGUGUCUUCUUCUGACCGCCAUGUCUUAUGAUAGAUAUUUGGCCAUCUGUAAACCAUUGCAUUAUACGUUAUUAAUGAAUCACCAGUUUUGCUGGAUAAUAGUGGUCACAAGUUGGAGUUUAAGUUUCUCAGCGGUAUUGAUUUCCACUUUAACAAUAUCCACAUUACAAUUAUGUGGUCCCAAUAUUAUUAAUCACUUUUUCUGUGAUCUUGAUCCCAUCCUACAACUCUCUUGCUCUGAUACCACCAUCAUUCAACUAGAAUCAACAUCUCUGAGUGCAAUGUUUGCUGUAGUUCCAUUCUUUAUCAUUGUUGUAUCAUAUGUUUAUAUUAUAGUCACUAUUUUUGAAAUCCCAUCUAUUACUGGGAGGCAGAAAGUUUUCUCAACAUGUAGCUCCCACCUGACAGUUGUCUCCAUUUUUUAUGGCACCAUUGUUUGUGUGUACUUGAUACCUAGUAGAGGUCAGUCAUGGGACAUUACUAAAUUCCUGUCAUUACUGUACACUGUAGUAACCCCACUGCUGAAUCCAAUCAUAUACAGCCUGAAGAAUAAAGACAUCAAACAAGUUGUAGGAAAAAUUAUUAACAACUUUUUAAACUUACAUUUCAAAUCUCAUGCAAAUUUGCAGAUAAGUUUAUGA